GAAUAGUCAGUAUACCCACUAUAAAGCCAUUAGAAAACAACUCACAAGAGUGUUUGUACUUUAAAAUGGUGCGUAAAAUUUAUAGAGGCGGUGUCUCUACCGGUAAUACUCUGCGCGUCAGCAACUCUCGUUUCCUUCAACAGUAUGCUUCGGAGGCGGGUAUAACCUGCAGUGUUUCUGAUGUUCCAGACGAAACCAAAAUCAAAGAGGCGAAAUUUCUUGAUCAGAAUGGAGUGUUUUACUCACUCAACAAAAAGGGACGCUGGCUGCUACCCGAUUUAAUUAAAGAAGAAAUAGCCACAGGUUUAAGUGAAUGUGAAUGUAAGGUGUCAUUACUUGAACUGCAUAAACUGAACAAACCGAAUAAUUGCGUGGGGUAUUUUGUUAACAAGGGACACACAAGACGUGUCUUGCCGAACAAAACCACCUACUUAAAUAGAAAGAGUGUCGUUAAAGUUAAUGAUCGGCCAAAGAAGCGUCAUAACAGAAACAUUUACAGACGGGGUGGUAACCAUGAUGAUAUCAUACACCCGGAAAAAGAUGGACCUUCUGUAGAGUACCAUGUUGUUUAUCCAGGAUCCUUAGGAAGUGCAAUUUCGGAUCCACGAACCUUAUUAACCGAGUAUUCAAAGAAUAAUACAUGGGAUCAAGCUUCCAAGAACAGAGGAAAAAAACAACGCCGACUUCUUAAGACAACAGAAAACGAAAUCAAUUCGGUGGAAAGUGAUUUAGAUUUUAUACAAAAUGUUUGCGAAGUAGACGAAAAAGCAUCAGGGGAAGUUUACAAAAACUGUGGAACAGCGUCUAAAUUAUCUGACUACUUUCAGCGAGCUCGCCGUGCUGGUAACGGAACUUCGACUAAAAAGAAAUCCAAAAGAAAGCACAACAAUAGUCAAAAUGCUGUUGUUUCUUCAAAUCCAGAACACAAAACAAAGCAUCUAAAACUGUUGCAUGAGGAAUAUUUGUCGAAACAGACUACUAUAGAUGUAGAGGACAUAGAACCUAAUUAUACAGAAAAAACAUUAACCGAAUCAUUGGUAAUUCCAGUAGAUGUAAUUCUUCCGAAGCACGAAGUUGGAAGCAGUUAUCUUGAAAACAAAUUUGCCAAUACUAUUUGCUUUGCCGAAUGUCACCCAAGAAAGUUUACAAUUGAUAUCACAGAAAAUAUUAAGAAGCAGUUCAAGCAUUCCCAUAACUUCAAAAGAACAGUCUUACAGAAAUUUGACCUAACAUCCUUUGUAGUUUUUGCUUUUAAGAAGAACUAUGAUAACCAUCAUGAUGUCUACAGGGUUCAUUUGAAUAUGGCUACCCAUAUAUCAACAGUACGCAUCGAAACUUUAUUCGAUAUGAUGUUAACCGAUAUGGACGAUGUACUGAAUCGCUGUUUCGUGUAUUUUGAUACCUUGCCACCAGAGUCAUUCCUUUUGAAAGACGUAGUAGAAAUUAAGUGUACCCCAUCUGUUGAUUUUGAUAACAUCCGACCUUAUGUUCAAAUGAAGUCGAAUUCCAUUUUCCCCGAGACUUUGGUAUUUACAAAAACAACAGUUGCGAACACAUACGCUGUUGACUUUGAAUGGGUACUGGCAAACGACUCAGAAGAACGCUGCUGUAAUAUAUGUUUUGAAAAUAUAUCCACGCAAUCCUGCAUUUCGUCAACUUCCCUCCUUUCCUGUGGUCACGUGUUCUGUGAUGGCUGCUGGCGAGAACAUCUGCUUAAUAAUUUUAGAGCUGGCCUCCAGAAAUGCCUGUGUCCAGAAUACGACUGUGAUAAAGAUGUUGACGUUUGGACCAUGGUCACCUUGGUAAAUAUUAGAGACAUUAAAAGGAGACAGACCAGGAAAAUUACCGAUAAUAUUGAUAAUUCUUCUCCAACUCUAAAGUGGUGUCCCAACAAAAGAUGUGGUAGAAUCUUACAAAACCUUAACAGCGCUGAUGACUCCGGGAUGGCGGUGGUGUGUAAAUGUGGGAGAGAUGUUUGCUUUAGUUGUACUAGAGAGGCUCACUGGCCAGCUUCCUGUGAACAAUUUGCUUUCUAUUUUAAUAAACUGAAUGCUUUUGGACAUGAUGUAUUGUCAUACAACGACACAGUGCCUGCUAUCCAGGUGUAUGGUAAACAUUGUCCCAAAUGCAACAAAUUCAUCGAAAAGAACGGAGGGUGUCCCAGUAUGGUUUGUGUUUGUGGAGCCCAAUUUUGUUGGUCGUGUGUAAAAUUAUGGAGUGACCAUACCUCGAGAGACAAUUGUUAUGUAAAGAAGGAUUCUGAAGGAACAAUGAAAAAAAUAAUCCGACAUAUUGAAAGAGAAGUUACUGGAGUUUUAAAUCCUGCAGAAAGUAAGCUUUACCAUAUGGCUUUAGCUAACCGAACAGAAAGACAACACCAGAAAAUUAAACACCUCCAAUUAAAAGUAGAUGAGUAUAAAUGCCGCGUUAAAUGUUGGAUGGCGAAGAAUAAUAUGUCGAACUGUGAUCUUGGUUUAAAGAACCCCAACAAUUCAAUUGAUGACUUUUUAAAAGCUAUGAUAAAUUUGAAAAUUGAACUUAAUUAUGUAUCAGAAUUUUGUUUCGUCAUACUCGACAGCGAACGAGACAAAAAGAGUGGGAUUAUUCAAAGUAUUCGCUUUGCUGCAGUUCGAUUGCAAGCAUUAAGCGAACGUUUUUAUGAUUUAUUAUGUAAUGACAAUUUUUCCCAUCUGAAAACUGUAUCUAAAUUAAUCUCUUUGAGAGAAACUGCGACUUCUUCCAUAAUGACCGUUUCCGCUCUUGUUUGUAAAUACAGACGAGUAAUUAAGAAAAAUUCUAAUGUGUAAAUGAGGGAAAAUAUAUAUAUUUGACAAUGUUUAAUGUUUUAUCUGCCAUGUUUUUAUUUAUAUGUACUUAUAAAGUUUACAUUGAAUUUUAUAAAUAUUUGUUUG